UGCUCGCCUCCCUCACAUUCCUUCCUGUUACGACAUUAGGACGGAGACGUUGCAGUUGUUCACUCCAGCAUCAUGUUUGUGUCCAGGUCGCUCUGCAGCUUCAGAUUCUGCUGCUCUCCACACAAAACUCCACGAAUCCACCCCUUCAGUUCUGUCUGGUCGACCUGCGUCUCCAGUUACAGCAGUGAACCACCGUCCAAAGAUGUGUCUCUUCAUUACAGCCUGGGCCGCCCGGUCCUGUCGCUACGUCUCCCUGCAGGUCGACCGUGUCGCUUCACUUUGACGCCCAUGUUGACCACAGUGGGCGACCUGAUUCGAGACAUCUCGGCAAAAGACCCCGGGAUCCACAGCGCCGCUCUGCUGAAUGGAGAUGGACAGAGAAUCUCCUCCUGCACGUUUAUGGAAACAGUUCUAAAUAAAGAUUUCCAGCUCGUCAUCAAUGGCGUCACAUACAAUGUUCGCUCUCUCGGACAAGGUGCGUCUCAUGAACAUGUGCUGGGUCCGGACGAUAUGAAGUACUUGGUCAAGCUCCUUCACACGGCUCUGAAUGUUCCUCAGCAGCAACACGUCAAACACUCGGCGCUGCUGAUCCAACGGGAACAACUACAACAUCAGCUGAGGCCACUGGAGACUGUGAAAAUCCAGAUGGCGAAGGAGGCGGAGUUGAGAGCCUCCCAGCUGGGGUGGGCGGGGCUUGCCUACCUGUCCCUACAGGGAGGAUUCCUGGGUUACCUCACCUGGUAUGUGUUUGCGUGGGACAUCAUGGAGCCAAUCACCUUCUUCAUCUCCUGCACCACCAGCAUGAUCUUCUUCGCCUACUACAUCCUCACAAAACAGGAGUUCAUGUACACGGAGGCGAGGGAUCGUCAGUUCCUCCACUUCUUCCACCGCAGAGCGUCUCAAAAGAAAUUUGAUCUUCAAAAAUACAACAAGCUAAAAGAUGAGCUGGCCAAGGUGAUGAACACACCAUACUGUCACGCCUUUGAGUACAGAGUGACAUCACAGCAGUGA